UGUCUCUGCAUCCCCUCUUCUUAACCCGCAAGCACGCGCGGCGCCGGCGACGCCACACGACGCCGCCCACCACCACCACCUAGCCGCCGCCGCCACCACCGCCAUGCGGCUCCCCGCCGGCGCACGCCUCGCGCUCCUGCUCGCCCGCCGUUCCCUCUCCUCCGCAUCCUCCUCCACCUCCGCCGCCGCCGCUUCCCACUUCCCGCGCGCGCGCGCAGGGAUAUGGAGCGAUGCGGCUCGCGCGGCGCCCUCUCGGACCUCGCCCUUCUCGUCUCCAAGCACCGCCCACAGGUUCUUCCACGGGACCAGGCCAGUGUCUGCAAGGGACUACUACGAUGUACUUGGCGUCAGCAAGAAUGCAAGCCAGGCCGAUAUAAAGAAGGCGUAUUACGGGCUUGCAAAGAAGCUUCAUCCAGACACAAAUAAAGGUGAUGUGGAUGCAGAACGUAAGUUUCAAGAGGUUCAACGAGCUUAUGAGACUUUGAAGGAUGAGGAAAAAAGAUCAUUCUAUGAUCAGGUUGGCCCCGAUCAAUAUGAGAAAGCUUCUGCUGCUGGAGGCGGAACUGGCAACCCAUUUGAGGGUGGUUUUGGAAAUCCAUUUGAGGAUAUUUUUAGUGGUGGCGGCGGUGGCGGAGGUGGAAUGAAUGAUUUCUUUAGGAACAUUUUCAGGGAUAGGGAAUUUGGAGGACGCGAUGUUAAGGUUGUGCUUGAAAUAUCAUUUAUGGAAGCAGUUCAAGGGUGCACCAAAACGAUCAACUUCCAAACUUCUGUAACAUGUGAAACCUGCGGUGGAGCUGGUGUGCCUCCUGGAACCAAACCUGAAACAUGCGUGACUUGCAGGGGUUCAGGAUUUAUGUUCAUGCAAACUGGGCCCUUUAGGAUGCAAUCCACAUGCACAAAAUGUGGUGGUUCUGGGAAGACUGUGAAGGAUUUCUGCAAGACAUGCAAAGGAGACAAAGUUGUGCCCGGAACGAAAUCAAUUCGCCUUGAUAUAUUGCCUGGUUCGGAUGACGAGGAUACUAUAAAGUUGAUGAGAUCAGGUGGAGCAGAUCCAGAUGGCCGUCCAGGUGAUCUUUAUGUGACCCUCAAGGUCCGUGAGGAUCCUGUAUUCCGAAGAGAGAAAGGUGAUAUCCAUGUUGAUGCUGUCCUGAAUGUGACUCAGGCAAUUUUGGGAGGGACAGUUCAAGUCCCAACUCUCAGUGGAGAUGUUGUUAUAAAGGUCAAGCCUGGUACUCAACCUGGUCAGAAGGUAGUUCUGAGAGGAAAAGGUAUCAAGACAAGAAACUCAUCAUACUACGGAGAUCAAUAUGUCCAUUUCAAUGUCAACAUCCCUGUGAAUUUGACACCGAGACAGCGGGUGCUAAUCGAGGAAUUUGCAAAGGAAGAGCAAGGCGAAGAAGAGAAGGACGCGAAGGCUGCUAGUGCAUCAGGAUAGCCAAUUUUAGGAGCCAUCCACAUUUCAAUAGCGCCUUAGCUGAUCUUAUAUCAUGAGGUAGAGUAGUCUGCUGCCUGAAAUUCUCAGGGGGCAAGAUAUAGUUGGUAGCGUGGAAUUUCCACUGCAACAUAUAGAUCUUUGUUUGAGAUUUUGUAGCUGGAAUAAUGCUAGACCACCCUGCCCGAUGUGUGUAAUCCUAAGCUUAACACCAGCAAGACGUGCAGGGUCUUUUGUAUAAUUUUGUGGAUCAGGGUGACUAUAUGUAUUAUAACACAUGGUACCGAUGCCAAUUCAUGUCUCCUGUUGAGGUUGAGGUUUUUAAGAUAA